UUCAAAGAGGGGAUGAUGGCUUCUUCCUCAUUAAUCUUCGGUGUCGUGUCUUUGGCGGUUCUGUUACCAUUUUUCUCACUCUCUGCUUCGGGAAGUUACAUUGACCCCAUAUGCAGUAAUAGCAGGGGGGACAAAGCCUUCUGCGUCAAAACUUUGAGUGCAUACCCUCCGGCAGCCUCUGCCAACAGCACGUUCCAAGCAGCUGUGGCCACGCUUCGCCUAGUAAUGUCUUAUGCCAAUAAGUCUGCGGAUUUCGCGGGAACAGCGGCAAAGGAGAAUCCGAAGUUGAAGGAGUGUCAAGAUGCCUUUGUGGACAUCACCAGGAAUCUCAUGGGCGCUACCGCAGAACUCACGGAAGAUCCAGAGAGUGCCAACUAUGACGCCAUGAUUUGUUACGACAACACAAAACUUGUGGAGGAGUUGGUCGGGAAAAAUAAAGACAAGGCUUCAAAGACUAUCAUAGCGAUGACAGCAAUGAUGAGCAAACUUGUUGACCUCGCCGUUGGAGCCACCAUAGCUAUUGGCGGGUAGAGACAACGAUGAGAACAGAUACCGUCGGCUGAUCAAUCAAAACAUUUCUUCUUUCGAUGGAACGUAUCCAUGUGUUGAAAAAUAGCAACUAUUUUAAUAUAUGGUAUAAUUGAAGAAUGGUAUUAAAAACAGAUAUUACAUGCUUUCUCGAGCGACUCUUUUGUUCGAUAGAUUUGCCUAAUU